GUGAGGAAUUCGAAAACUUCUACUUCAUAAGAGGUAUACCUAUCCGUGGGAGACAUCGUCGAUGCAUCUUAACAAAACAUUGAUAUUGUUUUGGUAAUUUGAAAGGACUGUUAUGUACUUAAGAAAGAAGCACAAGAGAGAGAAAGAAUUGCAGAGAGAUGGAGAUGCUGAGCACGAGAUGGGCAGCGACGGUGGCGAGCAUAUGGAUCCAGAGCAGCUGCGGCUCAUCCUACACCUUCAGCGUCUACUCCUCUGUAUUGAAAUCAAGCCAGGGCUACGACCAAUCAACGCUCGACACCGUGUCCGUCUUCAAGGACAUCGGCGCCAACGUCGGUGUCCUCUCAGGACUCCUCUACUCCUCCGUCACGCAUAACACCCGAGGUGUACGUGGUGGUCCGUGGGUGGUCCACGUGGCGGGGGCGAUUCAGUGCUUCUUGGGGUAUUUCCUCAUGUGGGCGUCCGUCGUCGGAUUGAUUCACCGGCCUCCCGUGCCGGUGAUGUGCCUGUUCAUGUUCCUCGCCGCUCAUUCUCAGACCUUCUUCAACACCGCCAAUGUAGUUAGUGGCGUAGAGAACUUUCCUGAUUAUGGUGGGACAAUCGUGGGCAUCAUGAAGGGUUUUCUUGGUAUCAGUGGAGCAAUACUAAUCCAAGUGUACGACACAUUAUGCAAGGGCAAGCCGAGCACAUACAUUUUGAUGCUUGCUCUGUUGCCCACAUGUGUCUCCCUUAUGCUUAUGUUUUUGGUGAGAAUUUAUAAGGAAACCACCGAUGAUGACAAGAAGCGCUUAAAUGGUUUCUCUGCAGUUGCUCUGGUCAUUGCUGGUUAUCUAAUGGUUAUCAUAAUUCUGGAGAACAUCUUCACUUUGCCAUUAUGGGCGCGCAUUUGUACCUUCAUACUUCUGCUGUUUCUACUUGCAUCGCCUCUUGGGAUUGCAAUCAAGGCCCAGAGGGAGGACUCAAAGAGAUCACCACAAACAUAUUCAACUGAUAGUAAUCUUUUAACUGACAAUGAUGAGCAAAUCAUACCCCCAAAGUUUUCUACGGCAGAGGAUCCUAUUGAGUAUCAUGAACUGCCAAGUGGCGAGGGCCAAGUCGGGGCAACUUCAGACAACAAAAUGCUUCGGGAAGAGGAACACUUGAAUCUCUUACAAGCCAUGCGUACAGCGAACUUUUGGUUGCUGUUUCUUGCCAUGAUGUGUGGAAUGGGCUCAGGGCUGGCUACAAUUAAUAACAUGAGCCAAAUAGGGGAAUCUCUUAGUUACACAACUGUGGAGAUAAAUAACUUGGUUUCCUUAUGGAGUAUAUGGAAUUUUCUUGGCCGUUUCGGAGCUGGAUAUAUUUCAGAUUAUUUACUACACACAAGAGGUUGGGCAAGGCCGUUGUUGAUGGCUAUUACUCUAGCCACAAUGACUGCUGGCCACAUUGUUAUUGCUUCUGGUUUUCCCGGAAAUUUAUACAUUGGUUCAAUCCUAGUAGGAAUUUGUUAUGGUUCACAGUGGUCAUUGAUGCCUACAAUCAGCUCGGAUAUAUUUGGUGUCAGGCACAUGGGUACUAUUUUCAACACUAUAGCCAUAGCAAGUCCUGCAGGAUCAUAUAUUUACUCUGUAAGAGUGAUUGGGUAUAUUUAUGAUAAGGAAGCAUCUGGGGAUGAUGACUCUUGCUAUGGCACUCGCUGCUUUAUGCUAUCUUUUCUGAUCAUGGCAGCUGUGGCUUUUUUGGGUUUCCUUGUUGCUGUGGCAUUGUUCUUUCGGACUAGGAGGUUCUAUCAGCUGGUUGUGCUUAGGAGGUUAAAGCAUUCUUCAAGAGAAAUGCGUGGUGGCAAUAAAAAUAGGCAAAAUCAAAUUUUAGGAGAAGAAAUUGCAGGGAUGGAGAGGCUGAGGCUGCCGCUGAGCAGCAAAUGGAUAGCCACGGUGGCGAGUAUAUGGAUCCAGUGUGGGUGCGGAGCAUACACCUUCAGCAUCUACUCCUCGGUGUUGAAAUCUAGCCAAGGCUACGACCAAUCAACGCUAGACACCGUGUCCGUCUUCAAGGACAUCGGCAGCAACGCCGGGGUCCUAGCUGGGGUCUUAUACUCCGCCGUGGCACUGGGUAACCGUAACAGCAGUAACUACUCGAGUUUGGGUGGGCCAUGGGUGGUCCAUCUGGCGGGGGCGAUCCAGAACUUCGUGGGGUACUUUCUAAUUUGGGCCUCCGUCGUUGGAUUGAUCCAGCGGCCUCCGGUGCCGUUGAUGUGUUUCUUCAUGUUGGUGGCCUCUCAUGCUCAGUCCUUCUUCACCACAGCGAAUGUGGCUCCUGCCGUGCAGAACUUCCCUCGUUGUGGUGGGACCCUUGUUGGAAUCAUGAAGGGCUUUAUUGGCAUUGGUGGGGCAAUACUGAUCCAAGUGUAUGACACAUUCUGGAAGGGCAACCCCAGCACUUUCCUUCUUAUGCUUGCUCUGUUGCCUACGUUCGUCUCCCUUGUGCUUAUGUUUUUCGUGAGAAUCUAUGAUAAUCCAAACACAAGUGAUGACAAGAAGCACUUGAAUGGUUUCAUUGCAGUAGCUCUCAUCAUUGCUGCUUAUCUCAUGAUUAUAGUGAUUUUGCAAAACCUCGUCACUUUCCCAUUAUGGGCAAGCAUUUUUACCCUUUUACUUCUUUUUCUUCUUCUUGCAUCACCUCUUGGAAUUGCAAUCAAAGCCCAGAGGGAGGACUCCACCCGAUUUCUACAAACAUCAUUAAUAGCAGCCAAGGAUCCUCCACCAUAUCAUGAACUGCUCGGUGGAGAGGGUGACGUUAACGGUGCUUUAGAUGACACAAUUCCGCCUGAUGAAGAGAGCAUGAAUCUUUUGCAAGCCAUGUGCACAUUAAACUUCUGGUUGUUGUUUAUUGCCAUGGUGUGUGGAAUGGGGUCUGGGGUAGCUGUGAUUAAUAACUUGAGCCAAAUUGGGGAAUCUCUUAAUUACACUACUGUGGAGAUCAACAAUUUGGUCUCUUUAUGGUGUAUAUGGAAUUUUCUUGGCCGAAUUGGAGCUGGGUAUUUUUCAGAUUUUUUGCUGCACACAAGAGGCUGCGCAAGGCCAUUUUUGAUGGCUACCACUCUAGCAGCAAUGGCUGCCGGCCACUUUGUUAUUGCUUUUGGUUUGCCCGGAAUUUUAUAUGUGGGUUCGAUCCUCGUCGGCAUUUGUUAUGGUUCACAGUGGUCGCUAAUGCCGGCAAUCACGUCGGAGAUAUUUGGUGUCAGGCACAUGGGUACUAUUUUCAACGCCAUUGGCAUAGCAAGUCCUGUCGGGUCUUAUAUUCUCUCUGUGAGAGUUAUGGGGUAUAUUUACGACAAGGAAGCAGGUGGUGGUGGUGGUGAGGAUUCAUCGUGCUUUGGUACUCGCUGCUUUAUGUUAUCUUUUCUGAUUAUGUCAUCCACGGCUUCCCUGGGGUUUCUUGUUGCUUUGGCUUUGUUCUUUCGUACCAGGAGGUUCUAUAAGCUUGUUGUGCUCAGAAGGUUAAAGUAUUCUGAGGUGGUGAUAAGUAAAUCCGCGAAUUAGUUUGUGUAAUGAUUUUGUUUUCUCUCAUGAUUAAGUUAAUUGUAUCUCCUAUAGUUACAAAUUA